CGGCAUUACGAUACACGUGAAAAUGAGACUAUGGACCGUCUUUUUAUUGAUCUUUAUAAUAUGUUUGACAGGCGUAAGUAAUAAUAUUUAUGGUUUUUUUUUUUUUUUUUGUUAUUAUAAAAUAUACAAUGCAAUUAUUAUUAUUAUUAUUAAAAAUGCACAAUAAAGGUAUUCACAGCUCCACUAGAAAAAGGAAAUCAAAAAAAUAUAGUGAGUACUAAAUUUCUUUUAAAUUAUAUUGAACAAAAUAUACAUACAUGUUUAUUAUCGUUUUAAAAUGAUUUUUAUCUACCUAAAACCUAACUCUAUAUGUUAUAUAAUUUAAAUUUAAAACAUUUUUAACUGUUAAUAUUAAUAAAAUUAUUUGUUUCUGUUAAUCCUUAAUUUCAUUAGACAAUAUCUAAAAUAAUUAUAAAAUUAAGCGAUUUAAUUUUUACAGAAUAAUACAAUAAAAUAUUUUAUUUAAUGUUAAUUUUUAGAAAGCAGCUGGGAACGCCAUUUCAAAAUUAAAAAAACAAACUGGUUCGGUAAUAUUAAUUAUUCAUAAUUGUAUUAUAUGAUAUUAUAAAUUUCGUCGUUAAGCAUAAGUUUUUACAAUGGAUUCAAGCAUUACUGCAGUGUUCGUUAGUACUUAACGUAAUGUGCGUUACUCAUAAUUACGAGUCAUUUUUAAAUACAAUACGUUUAUAAACAAUUUAACGUAUAAACUGUAAAUUAAUUUACUUAAAAGUUAAAAUAAUUAAUACGGUUUAUAUCAAACAUUUAAAAAUCUAAAAAGUUAGCGGACAAUUAUUGAGCUCUAAUUUUGUCUUCAGUUCCAACAUUUAGUGCAGAAUGAGUAUUGACCAACAGUACCAUUUUAAAAAAUAGUACCCCAUUUUUCAACGAAGUAUUAGAUUUCCUGUAAUUUAUCACAGUGGAUUCAUCCCUAACACCCAUAAACAUGUGCACAGUGGCGUGCCGAAGUAGGUAUUUUGCGACAGUUACUUAAUGACUAAAAUGGGUGAGUGAGCUGGUCGCCAAAUAUGUUGAAUGUUGAUUAAGGUAAACUAAUUCAGAGAUUAGAGAUGCUCUUAGUUUUGAUUAUUCAAUUAUUAAUAUACCUUGACUACAUGAAUAUGAUAGUCUAUAUUAUAUAACCAACGUACCUAAAUAAGGUUAUUGUAAAAAAAAAAAUUAUUUAUUGGAUAUAUAAAAAUCUGUGUAUUGGUGAAUCGGUACAGUACGAUUAAGCAUAUACCUUUUUAGCAACACGAUUGAGCAUAGAAUAUUUUAUGCAACGUUGCAAAAUUCAAGUUACCAAAAUUGCGUAUUUUCACGUAUUAUUAGGUACACCAAUUAUUAUGAUACCAAACUUAAACGAGCCGUGACUGCCAGUCCGGCAGUAUAAGUAACUAUUCCAAAAUUAUUAUAGAAAUAAUUCAAUUUAUAUAGUAUUCGAUCACACAUAGUCGUGUACUCGUAUCACAUAAAGUGCGUUAAAAAAAGUUUCGGUUUCUAUUUUUUAAUAUAAAAGCUCACAACCAAUAUUCAAAUCGUAAGAAUACUGAAUCUCUACUAUUAUAUUUAUGCUUUAUUUAACUUGGAAACAGAUACCAAGGUAUAUCAAUUUAAUUUAUUAUCAUCAUCAACUAUUUUAUUAUUAACUUCACGGUAGGCAGUAACCAGCUAGUAUGAAUAAUUUAUUAUUUUUAAUAAUAAUAUUAUUAUUAUCAAACAGACCUAUGAAAUUAAACUAUUAUUAACUAUGAAAUCAUGUUAUUUUUUUAAUUCGUACAAUAUUUUAAAUUAUUAUAAUUAUUUAAAUAAAUAUUUUUCAUAUAAUAUAGAUCAAAAUUUAAAAUGGCAACAUCUCAGAGAUUUUUAUUCUCAAUCGUGUAGGUUUUCUUUUGUAUUUCUGUAUUAUUUGAUGCGUCAACAAAUUUACUCAAUCGUGUUGUGGCCGACGAAUUGGUCCUUAUUUGUUUGUUUUACCUCAAGUAUAGAAAUUUCAGCACUGUUGUUCAGUUUACUAAUUGAGUAAGUCUUUCUGGAUAUACUGAAUAAUUACUUGUAUCAUAAUUAACUCCGUAAAAAAAUGUUGAUGUUAACGAAAUUAACUUGAUUAAUUAAUCUAACGAAAUAUUUCAAAAAAUAUUGAGGUCAUUAAUCGAGAUUAAGACUACUCUAUCUUUUAAGUUUAAGUUUAAUUGGUUAAUUUAGUGUAGUUACAUAUUCUCCAAUACUACAUUCCUUGACAAUUCUAUUACGAAACUUGAAUUUAAAAACUUAUCCCUGGUUGAUAGCCUAGGUAUUGUCAGUUAUGAUACAGUGAAUAAAUUGAAAACCUCUGAAAAGGUCUGCAAAAAGUCAAGAAGUUAAAAAGUACUUAAUAAAAACCUCGGUUUAAAAACAGUUGAAGCUAUUGCAAACAUAACAACAUUGAAACAAAACACAAAGUUGUCUUUAAUUUAGUCUUAAUGAAUUAGAAACUUUUCAUUUACCUCCUAUAACUUCAAUCGACGUGUAAAGAUCCUUUGCCCGCUACAAAAACGUAUUACGUCUUAAUCGAUGUCAAUUUACCUUUGACAACUUAAAAAGUACAUGAUGACAAGUAUUCUAUACUCAAAUAAAUAAAUAUGUAAUUUGAAUGUAUAAUUUAAUUAUAAUAAUCCGAUAUGAGUUUAUUGUUUUAUAUUAUUUUAUUCUAUUUUAUAUGUAUAUGUACGUGUGUACUUAUUUUUAAAUUGAUAUCAAGAAUUUAAACAUUUUUGUUCACAUAUCUUGUAUUUUUAAUUGCAUAUUUGGUUAAAAAUAAAUAUAUAUAUAUACAUGUACAUAUUUUUUAAUUUUAAAUAUAUAUAAAUCCGCACCCUAAAUUGAUGACAAACAAUGAAACUAUUGUACAAAAUACUGUAUUAUUAAUCUAAUAAAAUAGUAUUUACAGCCAAAUAACUAAUAAAAAUUGAUCUAUGUGGAAAAUUAAAAAAUUCUGGGUACGCCACUGUAGUAUUAUACUAUUUAUACAAUAGACAAAUUAUAAAACGAUGUUUUAUACACGAAUAUGCAAAUUUCACAGCAUCUACAGGCGUCAGGCUUUAUAUAUUUUUCAGUUUAUAUUAUUAUUUAUGAUCAUGAUUUUUUGUGGAAUCUAAUCAUAAUAAAAUCUAUUUCUAAUUACACUCGCAGUUUUGCACUAUUAUUGUCAAUCGUAAAAUAUUAUGAUAACAAGAGCCAAUAGACACUUACAAUAUAAAAGUAAACUACUAAAAUAAAUAUUAUACUUACGGUAUGUCUUUGAAUUUUUUUAGACUUUCGCCAAUUUCGCUGAUAAAUAUGUUAACCGCGAAUGGCUAAAUGUAAUGUAUUCAUUUUUAAACUAAAUAUUAUGUUAUUUUAUUAAUUUUAUGUUUAUUUAUUAUAUUGAAUUAAAUAUAUUUUGUAGACUAAAGACACGAAUAAAGAUACUCCAAAAACAGAUGAUGAUAAUAAAGUAAGAUGAUUUCCUUUCAAUUGAAAUUAACAACUUAACAUUUUACUAAAUUUAGUAAAUUAAUUUAUACUUGAGACCCAUACUUUUAUAAAAACAAUUAUUUCAUUAAGGUACAUAUGUAAUUAUGAUUGAUCCUUUGACUAUUACCUGCCAGACAAUUAAUUAAAUUUUGCUUCAAGUUUAUUACCCAAUUACACGUAUUUUUAUCGCUCUUGAGACAUAAUUUUAUAAAAAUACGAAUGAAAUUAAUAACCAUUGAAUUAUCGAUAAUAUACCACUAAUUAACUGUGUAACUUAAUACCAUUAAGGAUUUAAUUAGAAAAAAUAAAAAAAUUCAGACAAAGAUUCUUUUAAUUGCGCAUCAUUAUUUCAGAAAAUUUUAGGUUAAUCGUUUUGAUUUAUGAUUUGAUAAAUUUGAUAAAUCGUUAAAUUCAAAUUUCAACUAAUAUUUCUGAGGAAUGAUUAGUUCUUAUAUUGUUGAGGUUCUAAAUUAGUUUAUAAAUCUUAAAUACUUCAACAUUUUGAUUUCGUAUAAAUAAUUAAUAGACCACUAAAUAAUAUUUAAUACUUUGGGAACAAGGUAAGAUUUUAAUUGAAUUAUUUAUAACGUAAUAACUAAUAUUGAUUGUAAUGGACAUGAUGUAAAUUUUAAUUAUUUUUUAAAUAUUUGGUUUUAUGCUAAAUAUCUUAACUUAUAUUCGAAAAUAAUAAUUAUAUUUCUGAUUUAAUUUUUUUUUUUUUUUAAACAAACUAUUAAUUACACUAUUUUUCUGUGGUAUCUAUUUUCAAAACAGUUAUGGUAUAUUUCUUGUAGAUUAUUAUUAUUGUUCUAAAUAUUACAAUUUAACAUUAUAUUACAUAAUUUUUUUACAUUUUUUUUUUUUUGCAUUUUAAUUUUACUCACAUAGUAAUUUAAAAUUAUUAAAAUAAAAUAAAUCUUAUUGUUUUUAUUUUCAUUUUGUUAUAUAUUUAUAGAAUCCUUCCCAAAAUCCAUCAACCGACCUGCCGACUGAUUCGACAGCUAAUCCAUCAACUGAUCGAUCGAAAAACGUAUGUACAGUUUUAUUUUGUUUUAUUUCGAUAUAUAUAUUACGUGGAGUUAUAACUAUUAAUAACUUAUUAAUGUCCAUAGUUGACUAAUUUAAUAAAAUAAUAAAAUAUGAAUUUAAAAUAAUGAAAAUCAUAAGUAUUUAAUAAAGAUAAAUAUAAAUUGAUUACUUUUAGAAUGUGUAUAACAUUUAUAAUGACAUCAAUCUUGAACAAAAUCUGACAUAUUCACAGCAUGGACCUGCCACUAUUGUAACUGAAAAGUUGGGAAGGUAGAAGAAUUAAACGUAUAUCUAGCAAUGGCGUAAUUACUGGGAAGGAAGGAUUUGGGUGUCAUAUUCCCGUCCCAAGGGAACUACAUUUAUGUACUUAUUUAACUAAAAAUAGUAUUAUAUUAUAUAGUCUAUAUUUUAUAGAAGUAAUGCAUAAUAAAUUAGUAAUACAAGGACGGAUCCAGGGAGCCUAUAAGUCCAAACCCCCACCCAGGCAUAUUAUUUCUCUAAUUUUAAAUUCUGAGUGGUGCAAAGUAGAUUAUGUUUUUACAAAGAUGUUUACUUUUUUAUUUUUUUUUUCCGUUGACAACUUUUCUACCAGAAAUUUACUCCGAUUUACAACUGUAAUACUUUUUCUGAAAGAAAAUUUUACCGGGAAAGUAUUUUAAGGAAAUCAUUUUUGAUGGUGGGAAAAAUAGAGAAAUCAUUUUAGUAUAUUAUUUUUCGGAUGUACGAGGUUUCAAGUUGGCCAUAUUAAAUAUUUCAGCAAAUCAUAUACAAAUAUACAUAUUAUAAACCUAUGUAGUAUGUAUAUUAACCUGCUUUUAUUUGUUAUCAUUUUUAAUUAUUUUAUAUCUGUUGGCCUUCUUGAAUCUAUUGGUGAGACCGUAAAUGAUCGCUAAUAUAACGUUUGAUCACUGUCUCAAGUUUAAUGCUAAAAUAGACUAAAUGUCUUGUAAAUCAAUGAAAAUACUAGAAGUCUUGCUCAGAAUUUCUAUGGGCUUCAACUUAGUUCCUUAAAAGUUCUUUUUUGUUCAAUUUUUCGUUCUAUACUUGAGUAUGGAGCUGGAAUUUGGUGCCCAAAGACCAUGAGUAAUAGUCAGUUUUCACCAUUUCGCUAAUGCAGAAAAAGUGGGGUCUCGUUCUUGCCCCGCACCUUUCACUACGGUUGGCAGGCCCCACGUGAUCGCGCUUUUAUAGAUAUAAUUAAAAAAACUAAAAUUGAUAAACAAUAUAAAAAUGUAUCGCCUUAUUUUUUCAUAUAAUGUACAUACAUGUAUGUACAUGCUAUUGUAUGCAUUAUAUUCACUUGAAUUCUAAUAUAUUUUCUAUUUUUGGAUAAAUAUUAAUGUCUCUGACAUUCUCUGAAAGAUUACAAUGACGAUAUCUCGCUGCAGCUAAUAAUUAUAUUAGAAGCAUGGGCAUCUGCCUCACCCUGAACUUCAACAUUUCAAAUAUAAUUUCAAUAAUUAAUUAACACAAUUUUAUUUUAAGUGCUUUUUGAUGUUUGAUUUAAUUAUGACCCUCCCUGAUAAAUUUCCUGGGAGCACCUAUGAUUAAAGGUACUCAUAAUAAUUUCUAUUAUUAUCUUUCCGACAUAAACAAUAUCUAUUAAUUUAAUUAUGUUCAGAGUACGGAAUUCCAUAAGAUAUUUUAGAUUCUGAUUGGAGAAAGGAAUGUAUUAAUUUUACAUUGAUGUUUAUUUUUAUAUUAUUUAAGGAGGCUAUUUUUUGAUUUUCCCAAUAAAUGGGAAAAACCGAAAAAAUUGAGAGGAAAACAGAAAAAUGUACGAAAUGUAUUAAUAAUAUAUUACGGUCUUUUUUUUAUCUGUGAACAACUUUUCUACCAGGAGACUUGCUCAGAUUUUUAAGUGAGGCACCUUUUCUAAAAAGAAAUUGGUAUGGGGAGGUACUUUAGGGAUGUUAUUUUUUGAUUCUCUCAAAAGCUUUCUCAUCAAAUGUGAAAAACUGAAGAAAAAUCCGAGAAUAUACACAAAAUAUAUUACUAAAAUAUCACGUUUUUUUUUCCUGUGCACAACUUUACUACCAGUAAGUUUGCUCCAACUUUUAAUGACAGCAAUGUUUCUAAAAGGAAAUUUCACUAGCGAGUCACUUUAAAGAGGUUAUUUUUCGAUUUUCUCAAGAGUUUUCUCAUCAAAUAUGAAAAUCCGGGGGAAAACGUAGGAAAACUGGGAAAAUCAGUAGAACAUUAAACAAAUAUUAUUAUAGAAAAUGUAUAAAGCCUAUUUAAUUAUUUUGUUGUAAAAUGACAUAUAUAUCGUUGAUAAAGCAUCUUUAUCAAAUGAACUCCGCUCAGAAUCGUUUUUUCGUAAACAAUAUUUUAUUGAUGCUUCAGGUAUACAUUAAAUUAUUUAUAACAGUGACUGCACCCGUCCCCAUUAUCCUAGGAUGUCUUUUUUUAAUUGUUAUGUAUAAUUUUUAUAUAAGCAAAACGCUCUAGAAAAAAAAAUUAACUACCUAUAUUUUACAUAAGAGGAUACCGUUGAUUUUUUAGUCCAGCAAAUACAUAUACAACUUUUACUAAAUCGUUAUUAUUAACUUCUUCCAUUUCGGCAUUUAGCAUCAUAAGGCAACAUUUAACCAUCUUGCCUAUGGAAAUGAGUAAAUAUGAUUUUAUAUUUUUAAGCGAUGAAAACAUUUUUCAUUUGAUGCCAUUGUAAUUGGUGAAGUUUUUAUUAAUGAAAUAAUUCUCAAUGUUUCCUUAAAAGCGACCGUUAAUUGUCCAACAGCGAAGUUAUCCAACCGUAUGGUUGUAUUGUGUAGAUCCUUAUCUUUAUCUGUAUUCUGUAAGUAUUAGGUGUGUCUGGUAAAUUAUAAAAUACGCGAUACAUUUAUUGUUCAAUAUCUCGAUAACAUGAUAUUUGUUUAUUGACAGUAAAAUAUCAAUACUGUUAGUAUAAAAAUACAAUUAAAUUUUAUCAUAUAAAAAAUAGUACAUUAUUUCAAUAGGUCAAUUGGAACUAUUUUAAAAAUAAGGGGUGCAACCGCAAACUCUAAUCCCCCUAAAUGACGCCCCUGUUCGAAAAACUGGGGGAAAACAUGGGAAAAAUGGGAAAAUAGGUACAAUAUUAAACAAAUAUUAUUAAAGAAAAUAUAUAAUACCUAUGUAAUUAUUUUACCAUAUGAUAUACAUAUGUGUCAAAAUAACACUAUCAACUGAACUUCGCUCAGAAUCGUGUUUUCGUUAGCAAUGGGUUAUCGUUACUUACAGAUAUUAUAUAUUAAAUCUCCCUUCUACUACCUUCCCAACUUCUCACCUAAAACAGUAGCCCACCCAUAUGCAAAGUUCCUGACUCUUUUUUAUAAUUCUAUAUCCUGAUAUUACUAUACUCCAAUCACAGAUAUGUAUGAUAGUAUAAUAUAUUAUUAUAUUGUGAUUGUAAUUGUGUUGUAAAAAAUGAUUGAGGCACUUCCUAGAUCUUUGCUCUGGGUCCGUGCUUAUGUUGAUGUUUAAAGCAAAUAGGAUAAAGUGAGGUAUAUUCGUAAUAUAGAUACGUAAAUAUCAUAUUUUUUAAACAUUUUUAAUAAACAGUCGAUGUAUCUGACGUACUCAACGGCUGUAUGUUAGUUGUAAGUACCAGGGGUUUUGACGUUAUUUCGUCGUUUACUGACGAUAGCUGGUAUGUUCGUUACAAAGCUUUAAAGAAUUAUUAUGGCAUUCAUUUACCUAUAUCUCGAAUAUACCUUACAUAACAAUACUUUACACUUGAAUACCAUUUUUCAAUACAAAAUAAUAAAUUAAAUAUAAUUUAUACCUUAUUAGUAAUAAGUUAUUACCUUCAAUUGUAUAGUUAUAAAUAGAACUUUUAAUUAUGAACUUAGGUACUUGUGUAUUCUUGGUUUAUAAAUUAGGCUAAAGGCACUACUUCUCCAGCAAAUAAUACAGAUUCUGACAAUACAGACACAGAUCAAAAUCCUUCAAAAGGUAACAAAAGCCCUAGACGAAGGAAAAAUACUACUUUUGGAAGAAGAAAAAAUAACAAUUAUAGACAAUAUGGAAGAAGACCUUAUAAAUACCAACUAUAUAAAAUAGUUCCAUUAUCUUAUGCACUAGUAAGUAUAUAAAUAAUAAUUUACUUUAUUUUUUUUAAAAGGUAUCAUUUAUGUAGUACCUAAAACUCUCGAAUGCAAUAUUAUUAUUAUUAAUAUUAUCCAUUAGAAUAAUACACUAAAAAUUCAUCUUUCAAUGUUUUGAAAUAUUAAUGUUGAAUGUGACAUCGCGAUGUUGAAUAUAUAUAUACCUUUCUAAGUACUCUAGUAUAAUACAGUAAAAGAGCCAAUUGUACUAUAUGAUUAAACAGUGAUUAAAUUAUAAUUAAUGAUUAGGACCUUUGACCUGUUGUACAGUGCCGAUUAACUCCUUAAUCAGUGAUUAAAGGCCGAUUAAGUUAACUACAUAUCCGAGGUCAGUUAAAUUAUGAUUAAUUAAUUUUUCGGCUAUUAUCACAGUUGUAGAUGGCUAUUAUCAGUAUUAUCUCACGUUUGAUUUCCAAAUUAAAAUAUCUAAUAAUAAUUUUAAAUUUGUGUAACUAUUGUGUAAAUUGAUACAUUUUAAUAUUUCUUGAAAUUAGUUCUAAAUUUGAAGAUGACUCAGAUUUUGAGGAUGAAAAUUAGUUUCGAUGAUAACAUUUCCUAGACAGCUACGUAUAUUCAGGCUUCGAACAAAUCAUUUUACUUGGUGGAGAGACAAACAAUUAUUAAUACAUUUUGUUUUAAAAAAGGAUAAUUGGUUAAUAAUAAAUUAGAUGAGUGUAUUUUUUUUUUUUUUAAGAAUGCACAAGCACGAUCACAAUACUGUUAAAAAAAAUUGUAGAUUACGCACAAUUAAUAUUUAAUCAUUGAUUCGGUAAUCACACUUUAAUCAGCGAACUAUACAACUGGACCUUCUGUGUUAUGUGAACUAUACAGUAUUAAUAUGUACUUAAAUAAUUAAGUAUAUAAAUAAUUUGAUUUUUUGAUAAGGGUUAUUUACGAGAAUAUAGAACAAAAAUGAAUUUGAAAUGGUUUCGAAAUGGCAACCGACGAAUUUGGUCAAUAAAUCCUGUUGAUCGAUUAUCAAUUAAUAAAGUAAGAUUUGUAUUAUACUAUAGUAAUAUGAUAAAUAUAUAGUAAUCAGGUUUCAAUUUUAUUUUACUUUAAUACCCGUACACUGAUUAACGGUUUUUCUCUGUUUUUUCUUUUCUAUUUAGAAUAUUAUACGUAUGAAAUUCAUAUGCUUAAUAAAUAAUAACUUAUAUAUUUAAUGUAACUUAGAAAAGGUUUUCCUUUGCAGUUUUAUCUUUCCAAUUAUCAUUUAAUUAUUUAUCUUCAAAAUAUUGUAUCUCACAUGCCCUAAUUAUUCUGGCUCCUUCCAUUUUCCAAUGUUUAAUAAGAUUUUUCUUUACUUCACUUAUCAUAUUGAUAUUUCAGAUUCAAAAUAAACUCAUAUUCCAUAGAACCUUCUCUUGAUUUGAAAUUAGUACUUGGUCUUUUAAAAUCGUAGAAUGAAUAUUUUAUUAUCAUGUUUGAACAUAAGGCGCUGUUUAAAGAUCCUUACAGCUGCUUUUGAAUCAAGACUAUUAAAACACAUUGUACAAUCAUAUAUCAGUUAGACCAGUGGCUCCCAAACGUUUUUAGCGUUUUAUGUCUUGCCUCGUAUGAAGCCCAGUUAUAUUUACUUACCAAGUAGCUGAAUACUGCACAUUCAUGAGGCUAAACAACGAUCAUGUGAAAAACGUAGGCACCUAACUUAAUACACCAUGAGACUUAUAUCUGGUAAUAUAAAAUCGACAACCCACUCACUGGCUGUCAACACUAACAGCAAUUAACCCCUCCACUUCGUAGAGAAAACGCCUUGAUUAAAUAGUUCUUAAAAAUAAAUCUCAACCACAAACUGCCAAUUAAUAAUUUUAUUGAUGAUGUAACCAAAAGACGAUUGAAAUCUAGAAAAACCCCUAUCAAAAACAGCUAAGAAUCUAAUCAACACAAACUUCGAUAUAAUGACCAACUAGAAACAACCAUAGGCAACUGCGUUAGAGAACGACAACCUACUAUGUAACAUAUCACCAGGGUAUAUACUCACUGGAUUUCACUUGUAUCACAAUCUGUAGUGCACACUUAAUAGAAUAUGAACUUCGCAUGGCUAGAUUCCUGUGCAAGGGCACAAAUAGGGCAUGAGAAACUUACCAGAUUGUAAAUGUGAAAGAGAAAAAUAGACCAUCAAAUAAAUUUAUUUAUCAGUGACCCACCAUUAAAACAUCCACAAAUCCGUUUUGAGUCACGAUCCCAAGUUUGGGAACCACCGAUUUAAAUGAAUUAAUUUAAUGAAUUUAAAUGAAAUAAUCAUGCAACGUCAUAAAACAAUAUACUCUUUGCCUAAAAUUUAGAAUAAGUUCCGCCAAUCAUUCUUUCAUUCUUGGUCAACCUAGGGUAAGAGCCAUUCAUUUAACAUUCAUAUAUGAGGACUUAUUUUUAUGUCCUGAAAACACUUCUCAAGACUAUUUAUAGUGUCGGAAAUAUAAGUGUACCAUAAACAUAGUUUAUGACUGAACCAAAAUAUUAUAAUGUUUUGUAGAUUAUAACUAUAGAACAACCAAAAAUAUAUUUGGCAAAAGAAAUACCAUAUAAAUUAAAUUGCUUAUUAAAAAUACAUUUACCGUACAAUUAGAGAAAAUAUUCAUCAUACGUAUGAUCAAUUAAUAGGUUAUCAUAAAAAUAUAUACUGAUAUGUUUCAGCAAAAUAAUGUAAAAUUAAAAAGGCAAAAGAGAAACUACGAUGAUCUAUAUCCUAAACAAAACUUAGUAUCAAUUGUUGAAAACCCGAAACAACAAAAAUAUAAAGAAACGGAAAGUCAAAACUCUAAGCAAGGAGACGAGAAAAUGGGAAUAUUAAAUAACAUGGAAAAAAAAUUAAACAAGAGUAAUUUUUUUGAUAACUAUGAAAGUAAUGAAGAACCACAUGAUCUAGCUCUUCAAACAAAUAUGAAAGAUUCGAAAAUCAAUGAAGAUAUUAAAGAUAUAACAAAAAAUCAAAACAAAACAAAAAAAAAAAAUAAUUAUAUCCAAGAAACACACCUAAAAAAACCCAAUAACAAGAGUAUAGGAAACACCAGUGAACGAAAAGAAAAAACAGAAUUGUAUGAACAAAAAGAAGCCCUAAAUAUUUCACAGGUCAAACCACAAAAAAAAAAAAAAGGUAAUGACAGUACGGAAAACGACCCAAGACAUUCAUCGGAGAAGAAUACAAAUAAAGAGAACGUAAAGAAUGAAAUAACUACUGAUAUUAGGACCAAGGCACCAACCAAUACAAAAGUAGAAUCCUACACCCCAAAUUCAAAAAAACCCAAAAUAAUUCAACCCAACAUCAAUAAAACACAAAACACAAGAAAACCAACAAAUGAAAAACAAAUUGAAAGUAAAUUAGAUGACUAUACUACUAAAACCGAUAAUGCCAUAACAAACGAAGAAAAUAACCCAAAAGAAGUUCAUCAAACUAAUAAAACAUUAGGAAAGAAAAAUAAUAUAGAUAGAAUGAGACAACUUAUAAAUGACGAUGAGGUCGGUAAAAAGCGACCGGCUAAUAACGAUAUAGACGAGUUGGAAGGACUAAUGAACACAUCCCAAUCAAAUCCUACUGAGGAUCUGAACAAUGAAAGUGUUUCUGCCAAUGAUAAAGUAAACAGCAUUGAGAAUAUGAUAAAUACCACGGAAGAUCCAAAACGUACGAAAAAAAGAAUCGUUAAAAAGAAGCCAAAAGACAGAAAUGUGAAGAGAUUAGGUAAAUCGAAAGAUGAUGAAAAUAAUCAUAAACCGAAAUCUUCGGAAAUUAUUCGUCUUCCUAACGAUACUAUAAACGAAACGAAAAACAUACAAAAAAAAGAAGAUAUUCCCGUAAAACAAUCUACUCUUCCACCUGAAUUAACUGGCAAAAAAGAACCUAUAAGUAUGCUGAAAGAAACUCCGGACAAUAUUAUGGCCGAGACAAAUGAUAACUCCCACAAGAAAUUAGAUCAGGAACCAAAUUUCGAUAAUUUGGGAGAUAGAAAAACUAAAGAUAUUAGAAAUUUAGACCCGCUGAAAACAAAUAUCGACAAUGUAAAUCCUGGUAUGGAAAAGUCAAAUAAUGAAAUAAAAUCACCCUUUAAUGAGGUUUCACCAAACAUAGGUAAGCGAACGAAAGUGGAAAGNUCAUAAACCGAAAUCUUCGGAAAUUAUUCGUCUUCCUAACGAUACUAUAAACGAAACGAAAAACAUACAAAAAAAAGAAGAUAUUCCCGUAAAACAAUCUACUCUUCCACCUGAAUUAACUGGCAAAAAAGAACCUAUAAGUAUGCUGAAAGAAACUCCGGACAAUAUUAUGGCCGAGACAAAUGAUAACUCCCACAAGAAAUUAGAUCAGGAACCAAAUUUCGAUAAUUUGGGAGAUAGAAAAACUAAAGAUAUUAGAAAUUUAGACCCGCUGAAAACAAAUAUCGACAAUGUAAAUCCUGGUAUGGAAAAGUCAAAUAAUGAAAUAAAAUCACCCUUUAAUGAGGUUUCACCAAACAUAGGUAAGCGAACGAAAGUGGAAAGUAAUACCGAUACAGAUACCCCACAGUUAAAGGAAAAAUCAAUCGAACAUAAGAAAAACCCCGAUCACAAAGCAACAAAUGGGCAAAAAAACCAAAGAGAUAACGAUGAGGUCGGUAAAAAGCGACCCCCUAAUAACGAUAUAGACGAGUUGGAAGAACUAAUGAACACAUCUCAAUCAAAUCCUACUGAGGAUCUGAACAAUGAAAGUGUUUCUGCCAAUGAUAAAGUAAACAGCAUUGAGAAUAUGAUAAAUACCACGGAAGAUCCAAAACGUACGAAAAAAAGAAUCGUUAAAAAGAAGCCAAAAGACAGAAAUGUGAAGAGAUUAGGUAAAUCGAAAGAUGAUGAAAAUAAUCAUAAACCGAAAUCUUCGGAAAUUAUUCGUCUUCCUAACGAUACUAUAAACGAAACGAAAAACAUACAAAAAAAAGAAGAUAUUCCCGUAAAACAAUCUACUCUUCCACCUGAAUUAACUGGCAAAAAAGAACCUAUAAGUAUGCUGAAAGAAACUCCGGACAAUAUUAUGGCCGAGACAAAUGAUAACUCCCACAAGAAAUUAGAUCAGGAACCAAAUUUCGAUAAUUUGGGAGAUAGAAAAACUAAAGAUAUUAGAAAUUUAGACCCGCUGAAAACAAAUAUCGACAAUGUAAAUCCUGGUAUGGAAAAGUCAAAUAAUGAAAUAAAAUCACCCUUUAAUGAGGUUUCACCAAACAUAGGUAAGCGAACGAAAGUGGAAAGUAAUACCGAUACAGAUACCCCACAGAUAAAGGAAAAAUCAAUCGAACAUAAGAAAAACCCCGAUCACAAAGCAACAAAUGGGCAAAAAAACCAAAGAGAUAACGAUGAGGUCGGUAAAAAGCGACCCGCUAAUAACGAUAUAGACGAGUUGGAAGGACUAAUGAACACAUCCCAAUCAAAUCCUACNAAACAGCAUUGAGAAUAUGAUAAAUACCACGGAAGAUCCAAAACGUACGAAAAAAAGAAUCGUUAAAAAGAAGCCAAAAGACAGAAAUGUGAAGAGAUUAGGUAAAUCGAAAGAUGAUGAACAUACUCAUAAACCGGAAUCUGAGAAUAAGACCAUAAUUGAACCACCUUCGAAAUCGCCAGAUCUAAUGCCACUGAAUUCAGAAGUAAAUCUACUUAACGAAAUGCCUGUUAAAGAAACCGGCAUCCCCGAAACAACACCCUCUUCAGUGAUUACGGAUAUUCCUAAGGAGAAAAAAUAUUUGAAGAAAAUACCCCAGAAUAAAAUUCAGAGUAAAGAAGUCCCGUCUAUCAUUUUAAAUCCGGUGAACUCCACAAUUUCUAAUCCUAUAAUACCAUACAACAAGACGAUAAAUUCAUCAAAUCUGGAUGAAAACCCAUUAAAUAACAGAAUGGUAGAUUCUUUAGAAAAUGAUAUUCCUCAUGACGACGAAAAUAUGUCGAAAAAUCCGUUAAAAAACACACAAAAUGAUUCAAAAAGUGACAAUGUUAAACGCAAACAAAAUAAACCGAAGAAAAUUAAUUCAUCUACGAUGCCUAAGCCAUUAAAUGUAAAUCCGACUGUGGAAAGUUUACCCCCUCUCACUGAUGAAAUUCAUUUACCUAUGUUCAAUAGUAAUGCAAGUGAUCCAAUCACAGAGACAAAAGAAACUAUGGAUCCUUUUAUAGACAACGGAAAUGACCCUUUUUUUAAUUCUCCUGAAUUUGUGUCGGAUUUGAUGCCUACAGAUAAUAUUCCUAAGCAACACGAAAAUGAACCCAAACCUGAGAAUAAGACAAAUAUUGAACCGCCAUCGAAAUCACCAGAUCCAUUGCCACUGAAUUCAGAAGUAAAUCUACUUGACGAAAUGCCUGUCAAUAAGACUGGCAUCCCCGAAACAACACCAUCUUCAGUGAGUACUGAUAUUCCAAAGAUUGAAGAAGAUUUAGAUAAUAUACUAUCGAAAAAAAUUCCGAGUAACGAAGUUCCGUCUGCCGUUCAAAAUCCGGUGCAUACCCAAAUCCCUAAUCCCAUAAAACCGUUCAAGAAAACUAUAAAUUCACCAAAUCGGGAUAAAAACCCAUUUAAUAUUAGUUUGAUCGAUUCAUUAGAGAAUGAUAUUCCUCAUGACGACGAAAAUAANAAAAUUCCGAGUAACGAAGUUCCGUCUGCCGUUCAAAAUCCGGUGCAAACCCAAAUCCCUAAUCCCAUAAAACCGUUCAAGAAAACUAUAAAUUCACCUAAUCGAGAUAAAAAUCCAUUAAAUAUUAGUAUAAUUGAUUCUUUAGAAAAUGACAUUCCUCAUCAAGAUGAAAAUAUCACAAAAAAUCCGUUUAAAAACAAUCAAAAUGAUUCCAAAAGGAACAAUAGUAAACAUAAAAAAAAUAAACAGUCGAAAAUUACAUCAACCACACUACCAACUUAUAAUUCAGAUAAACCAUUAAUUGAACAUAAAACAAUGCUGCCUAAUUUUGAGUCUCACAUAUCUAUGAAUGGAGACAAGGUUAUUUAUCCCUUACCCAAAACUAUUAAUUAUAAUACAGACUCACAUUCGCCACAAAAUGUAAAAAUUGAAGUUAGUCCCCCGUGCAAAUCUAUUGAUAAAUUAUCCGUUGAACAACCAAGACUUGUGUCAGAUAAUUUUUCGAAGUUGGUAAACAACAAGAAUGACUUACCAUCAAUUGGAGAUACAAUAAAUAAUCCAGUUAAAGGAAUAUACAGAUCUGCCAGCACACCUGAUAACAGUUCUCGUGCUCCACUGUAUAAAGGGUCUAAUAAAUUACCAAAAACUGAAACAAAUAAUAUUUCAUUUACUAUACAAAAUUAUAUUGAACCAAAUAGAGGUAUUAAGGAUAAUAUGUCUUCAAAAAAUACUGGAAAAUCCGAUUAUAAUCAGAACUUUCCUCCACAUCUUUUAAAUAAACCUUUUGUUAGUAAUACAGUUGACCAUAUUGAACCUUUGUCUUAUUUUAAUUCAAAAGAAAUGCCUAAUACAAAAAUGAUGUCUGAUAAAAAGAGUGCAAAUAAUAUUCAUUCAAAUAUCCGACCGAUAAUUGAAGAUGCAACUGAAUCUCCACAAAAAAAUCUUUUAAUAAUACCUAAUAAUAUGAGCGAUUUAAAUACUUCACCAAUUAAUUCUAUGAAAUCACCGAAUAAAAAACCGAAAAAUUCCACAAAAUCUAAUGGUUCAUCUUCGAAAGAAUCAAACCUACGGGUUAAAGAACCAAUUGUAUUUGAAAAAAAUAAAAUUCCUACUAAAUCUCCUAUAUCUAAAAAAGUGACAACUCAUUUCAAUCACAUUGGUUCAAAUUCUCAAAAUGUAGAUGAAACAUAUGUCAUUCCAAAUUCUAUGAAGCCUAAUCUUGUUCAAGAUCCUACUCAGAAUAUGAAUGAAGAACAUCUUCUAAAUCCUUUUCAACAUUUAUCUGAUGAAAAAUCAGCUCCUGAUAUGCAUAAUUUAUCAAAAACAUCUGACAUGAAUAUACCAACUAUUGGUGAUACGAAUAAAGUCUUAAAAUCAAAUCAAAUGAAUAAAACAAAGAAAAAAAACAGUAAUUCACAUUUUCCAACCAAUAGAAAUGAAAAUAAUCUAUUAAAAAUCUUUCCCUCCACUGAAAUUUCUAACCAAGAUUUAACAGAAAACUUUCCUAGGAAACCAAAACCAGUUUACAAUUUAAAACAUGAAACUGAUGCAAUAAAUAAUCCUUUUCCUGGUAUGCCUGAAAACAAAACUAUUACUGGAAAUUCAGCAGUCAAUCUUUCUGGAGAGAAAGCACUAUCUAACACAUUACCUGGCAGUAUGAAUAGAAUUUUUACUUACCAAUCAACAAAACCAAAAUUAAAUGAAUCCGAUAAAUCUCAAAACGAUGAUACUACACCAGUAUAUGACAAGCCAAAUAAUAACAUACAAAAUAUACUUAACACAAAUUAUUCAAAUUUAAAAGCUGAUACUCCUACUGAUAUAUUUAAUCCUAUAACAAAAGAACCUAAUCAUUUUUAUGGUAACAUGUAUCCUAAAUUUGAAUCUAAAUAUAAGGAUAAAUAUUCUAAUAACAAUUUAUGGGAACCAGUAUUACCGAAAAAAAAUAAUAAUUCUUUUAACAAUAAAGGAUUGGAGGAAACUUUUGAACCAGAUAAGCAAUUAAAAAGAAAUAAUAAGGAUAAUAUAAGUUCGAGUAAUAUUGAAAAAGACCAGAAAUUAAUGAAGACUAAAGAUAAAAGAAAAAGUAAUGAUCAAUAUAACAAUGGUAGUAAUUUUAAACCUAUUAUAAAUAACAGCAUAAUUUCAAACCAUAAUUUCAAUGAUAAAAAAUUAGAUACCAACGAUGAAAAAAAUAAUGAUGGGCAAAACAAUAAUUUAAGUAAAAAUGUUAAACUUAAUAUUAAUUAUAAUAAUGGAAAUUUCGAUGAUUUUAUAAAAAAAAUUGCUGAUCAAUUUUUAAGCAAAUUUGAUGAUAUUGACAAAAAAAUUUCUCUUUUGGACAAACUUUCAAAUGGAGAAAUGAAUGCAAAAGGAAUUAAAGAUGAAAAUAAAACUGAUCAGAAAAUCAAUAACGAUUUAAUAACUAAUAAUGAGAAAUCUACUAAGCUUAAAACCAAAAAUAAUCCAUUACAACCAAGUUUAAGAACAAAUAAAACAGAAGAAAAUUUUAGAAAAAUUGGUAGUGAAAGUAGUGAAGAAACGGAUACCAAUGACAAUGAAAAGACAAAGAAAUCAAAGUAUACUAAACAAGGAAUGAACAAUAAAACCCAUAAGAAAAGGAGACAAAAUAAAAAUAAUGGAUAUAGAAAGCAUAAAAAAUAUAAGAAAAAUAAACACAACAACAGUAUAAAUGUUAAUGAUAGUGAAGAUAUGAAAAGUAAAGAAAAUAAUACAAAACCAAAAAAACAUGGGGAUAAAGAAGUAAAAUCUGGAGAAAGUGAUGAAGUUGAUGAUAAUUCUGAUCUUCAGCUUGUUGACGAAAAUUAUGAUUCCAUAGAAAAUGUAAAUAGCAAUGACACACCAAUAAAAUCGAAUAGAACAAAAAAAAGUAAGAAAAAAUUUUCAAAAAAAAAAUCAAAACACAUAAAACAUUCAAAAAAAAAUAAAAAAAAUAAAAUUAAUUCAACUGAUAAUGAUAGAAAUGAUAAAGAUAAAAACUAUACAAAAAAGAAUAAUGCUAACUAUCGAAUUAAUUUGACAAAAAAGAAAAAACAUAAAAAUAAAAAUACUAUUAAACAGAAGAAUGUUGAUAUUAAAACUAAAACAAAGAAUGACAUAACCACUGAUGUAAAUAAUCAACAAGAUAAAAAGGUGAGAUUCAUUUUGUACUUCCAAUAUGAUUGAAAUUUCUUUGUGUACCAAUAUAAAACAUCAGGUAUACUAUGGCCUAUAAUUUUUUUUUUUUUUUUGUUUUCAGAAAAAUAAAUAUGAGUACAUUACUUUUUAUCCUCAGUAUGCAUAUGCAAAUAUUGCAAAUCCAUUUUCAAAGCGUCUCAUUUAA